CGGCCCGCCCGCCCCCCGACGUCCGCCUUCGCCCCGGAAGUGGAAGUAGUGACUGAGGUCGGGGGGCGGAGUCGCUGCCUGGAGACGGCGGGAGCUCUUUCGCCAUGGCGGCCGGGCCGAUCUCCGAGCGGAACCAGGAUGCCACCGUGUACGUGGGGGGCCUGGACGAGAAGGUUAGCGAACCGCUGCUGUGGGAGCUGUUUCUCCAGGCCGGGCCGGUCGUUAACACCCACAUGCCCAAGGACAGGGUCACUGGUCAGCACCAAGGCUAUGGCUUCGUGGAAUUCUUGAGCGAGGAAGAUGCUGACUAUGCCAUUAAGAUCAUGAACAUGAUCAAACUCUAUGGGAAGCCAAUCCGGGUGAACAAAGCAUCAGCUCACAACAAAAACCUGGAUGUGGGGGCCAACAUUUUCAUUGGGAACCUGGACCCAGAGAUUGAUGAGAAGUUGCUUUAUGACACUUUCAGCGCCUUUGGGGUCAUUUUGCAAACGCCCAAGAUCAUGCGGGACCCUGACACAGGCAACUCCAAAGGUUAUGCCUUUAUUAAUUUUGCUUCGUUUGAUGCUUCGGACGCAGCGAUUGAAGCUAUGAAUGGGCAGUACCUCUGCAACCGCCCUAUCACUGUGUCCUAUGCCUUCAAGAAGGACUCCAAGGGUGAACGUCAUGGCUCAGCAGCCGAGCGACUUCUGGCAGCCCAGAACCCACUCUCCCAGGCUGAUCGCCCUCAUCAGCUGUUUGCAGAUGCACCACCUCCACCCUCUGCCCCCAAUCCUGUAGUAUCAUCAUUGGGAACUGGGCUUCCUCCACCAGGCAUGCCUCCUCCUGGCUCCUUCCCACCCCCAGUGCCGCCUCCUGGAGCCCUUCCACCUGGGAUUCCCCCAGCCAUGCCCCCACCACCUAUGCCUCCUGGGGCUGGAGGACAUGGGCCUCCUUCAGCAGGAACCCCGGGGGCUGGACAUCCUGGACACGGACACUCACAUCCUCACCCAUUUCCACCGGGUGGGAUGCCCCAUCCAGGCAUGUCUCAGAUGCAGCUGGCCCACCAUGGCCCUCAUGGCUUAGGACACCCCCAUGCUGGGCCCCCAGGAUCUGGGGGGCAGCCCCCACCACGACCACCACCUGGCAUGCCUCAUCCCGGACCUCCUCCAAUGGGCAUGCCUCCCCGAGGGCCUCCGUUUGGAUCUCCCAUGGGUCACCCAGGUCCUAUGCCUCCCCAUGGUAUGCGUGGACCUCCUCCACUGAUGCCUCCUCAUGGAUACACUGGCCCUCCACGACCCCCACCCUAUGGCUACCAAAGGGGGCCCCUCCCUCCACCCAGACCCACUCCCCGGCCUCCAGUUCCCCCUCGUGGCCCACUUCGAGGCCCCCUCCCUCAGUAAUUUCUCAUGCUCUUUCCUCUUGUUUUAUUUCCCCAAUAUCUUUUCAAUUCCUUGGACCAAUCAGAGUUGCUGUAGUUUCUUGGGGUUAAGGCCUUGAUCCCUUUUUUUUUUUUAAGAUUUUUUUACUGAAUUUUAGAGGGAAGGGAGAGUAAUAGAGGGAGAGAAACAUUGAUAUGAGAGCAAAACAUUGAUUGGCUGCCUCCUGCAUGCCCCCUACUGGGGAUAAGCUGGCAACUCGGGCAUGUGCCCUGACCCAAAAUAUAGCCAGCAGUCUUUCCGUGCACGGGACGAUGCCCAACCAACUGAGCCACACCGGCCAGGGCCCAUAGGCCUUUUUUUAAAGUGUAAUUUUUUAAAACAGGAAGUUUUUUCUAUGUUGGUCCCAAGUGUUUUGCAGAUGUACAGAGAAAAUAAAGGUAAAUUCCUUGUUUA